AUGAGUGGCGUCUCAUGCCCAUACGUUUGUGCCAAAGCGCGUCUAAAUCAUGGUGUUCUUCUAGUUGGUUUUGGAAAAGGUGCUUAUGCUCCCAUUCGAUUGAAGGAAAAGUCUUACUGGAUCAUUAAGAACUCUUGGGGGCAGAAUUGGGGAGAGCAAGGAUACUACAAGAUUUGCAGAGGUAGAAAUGUAUGUGGAGUGGGUUCAAUGGUUUCAACUGUAGCUGCAGCUCAAUCCAACCAUUAA